AUGAAUAAAGACUUAGUCAAAGAAAAUGAAGAACUAAAAAAACAGAUCGCAGAACUUUCUAAAUUUAAACACGAAAGAAAAGGCGGAAGCAAAAAAAAAACCUUAGAUCAAAUUUCUACUCCGGCUCAUAUUUCGGAAUUUAUGCGAGAUUUAGUUCAGGAGGGUCAAAAAGUCCAUUCAGAAACCGAUAUUGAUGAAGAAGCUUUAGAAUUAUGUAAAAUAAACCUCCCUCAUGCUAUCCUUUUUCACCACAAUUCCUUAGAAUGCAAUACCCCUUGCCAAAUUCAAGAACAUAUUUUUUACGAGGGAACUAAAUUAGAGAAAGUUGAAGAUUACCAAGAAAAGAUUUUUGUGAUGAACCCACCUUUUUCAUUAGUGGGAAAGAUGAAUGUUUUAGAUAAUUACCGAAUAGAGACGAUUAUUGAUUUACCUAGUUGCACUUUUUCACCACAUGUAGAAGUUGGCACUAUUAUUCUCCAACUAUCAAUUAAUGAACCCUCAGAAUAUUUUUACAAAUUCAACAUUAAAAAUGAUGGCUAUACUCAAAAUAAACGCAGAGAGAAAAAUGAUGUUUUUAGCACUGAUUAUAGCCUAGUUCCCGAAACUCUUGCUUUACUGACUAAUUAUCAAGCCGAAUUAAAACACCGAAUGGUUUUAUUAACUAUCCGCAAAGAGAAAGGCAAAGAAAGAGUAAUUGAAAUGGAAGUUUUACUGAUUAGAAGAGUAUUAAAAGAAAGAAGACAAUAUGAUAAAUAUUGUUCGGACUUAAAAAUUCCCGGCAGGUCAAAUGGAAACUGUCAACAUCCCGAGGGCGAUUACAGCACCUGCGGAAAAUAUGAAAACAGUUUGCUACUAACUCCGGCUGGAGGUAAUCAAAUUGCCGUUCCGACCGGCUAUUCCCCUCGGAAAAAAGCCCAAGAACAAAGUUUAAAACUAGCCCAAUUCUAUACUCCGGAAUGUUUAGUAGAAUUAUGUUUAGAACUCUUAAAACCUACCGGAGAAUUAUUUGACCCAUGCUGUGGUUUAGGCUCUUUUUUACUGAAAGCUAAAACCAAGGAUGAAAACUUAAAAAUUAGCGGGAAUGAUAUUGCUACUGAUUUAGUAGAAUUGCCUUUUGAAUUCACUAAUUCUGAUUAUUUAACCAGUGAAGAUAAAGAAUAUGAUUAUAUCAUUGCCAAUAUUCCUUUUAACUCUAAAAAAACCCAUUGCCAGCUACAAUUAAUCAAGCAUACUUACGAAUUACGCUAUUCUUUACAUGCUUUAAUUGCGGAUGCUUAUCAAAAGUUAAUGCUAAUAGAAGAAUUGGAUGAUAGUGGAGAAAUUAGAGUUGAUUAUAUGGCAUUAGAAAAUUUACAACUACCACAAACACUCUUUUUCUCCCUCGGUGAUUUGUUUUUUCAAAAAUACCAAGAUAGCCAAAUUAUCAUUAAAGACCAUUUUAAAUUAGUUCGGGGCAAAACUCCUCCCACUAAAAACCCAGAAUAUUAUGAAAAUGGGACAAUUAAAGAAUUUUAA